UGCGGACAGUCGUCGGUGAAGAGCACACCUCUCUUCCCGAACUAUCAUCAGACCUUGGGUCUCUUCCCCCUCCAUUCGCCUCUGUGGUAGGCGCGGGCCCUCCCGGUAACAAUGGCGAAAGGCUUCCUGAGCCAUCUCAAAGGCAUCGACGCAUUCGGCAAGACCGCGGAGGAUGUCAAGGUCAAGACACGGACGGGCGCUCUGCUGACCUUGAUUGCUGCGAGCAUUAUCCUAGCCUUCACCACCCUCGAAUUCUUCGACUACCGCAAAGUCAUCAUCGACACAUCGGUCACGGUUGACCAGAGCAGAGGGGAGCGUCUGACGGUCCGCAUGAACGUCACCUUCCCCCGCGUGCCCUGCUACCUCCUUAGUGUCGAUGUCACCGACAUUUCUGGCGACGUCCAGCGCGACGUUUCUCACAACAUGCUCAAGACGCGCCUCGACAAGGACGGCAAGGCCAUCCGCGGCGCCCACACCGCCGAGCUUCGCAACGAGAUCGACAAGCAGAACGAGCAGCGCGGCGCCGACUACUGCGGCUCCUGCUACGGCGGCCUGCCCCCCGCGAGCGGCUGUUGCAACACCUGCGAGGAGGUCCGCACCGCGUACGUCAACCGCGGCUGGAGCUUCAACAACCCGGACUCGAUUGAGCAGUGCAAGAACGAGGGCUGGGCGGACAAGCUGCGCGAGCAGGCGAAUGAGGGCUGCAAUAUUGCUGGCCGGCUGCGCAUAAACAAGGUUGCGGGGAAUAUUCACCUGUCCCCAGGCCGCUCCUUCCAGACGGGCGGGCGCAACGUCUACGAGCUGGUCCCGUACCUGCGCGACGAUGGCAACCGACAUGACUUCUCGCACACGAUCCACAGCCUGUCGUUCGAGGGUGACGAUGCAUACGACAACCGCAAGCGCGAGACAUCGAAGGAGAUGCGCCAGCGCAUGGGCCUCAGCUCAAAUCCUCUCGACGGCACCGUACGGGUGACAAAUAAAGCACAGUACAUGUUCCAGUACUUCGUGAAGGUCGUCUCGACGAAGUUCCGACCUCUCAACGGCCGGACCGUCAACUCGCACUCCUACUCGGUCACGCACUUCGAGCGCGACCUCACGGACGGCGGGCAGGCGCAGACCGGCCAGAACGUCCAGGUCCAGCAUGGCGUCACCGGCCUCCCGGGCGCGUUCAUCAACUUCGACGUCUCGCCCAUACAGCUCGUGCACACGGAGUGGCGGCAAUCGUUCGCGCACUUCGUCACAUCAACCUGCGCCAUCGUCGGCGGUGUGCUCACCGUGGCCUCGCUGCUCGACAGCGUUCUCUUCGCGACGAGCAAGGCUUUGAAGAAGAGCGGGCACACGAACGGCAAGCUCAUGUAACUAUGCACCAUGUACAUAUAUUUAUGCUGUCGGAAUGCUAUGCGUGCUGGCUGGGUCUUUCGUUCCUUUCC